AUGAAGGAUGAUGACUGCAUUGUAAAAAUGAUAAUUACUGAUAGACAAUUACAUGAUAGUUAUCGUAUUCCCAUAGCUGUCUUUGAUAAACUGAAAGACUUCUUAGAUACUGAAGAAGAAUAUCCACUACAAGCAUCCCAAUUUUAA